UUACUCCACUCCUAUUUGUAGACCAUGUUUUACUUCAGCAAGCAGGAAUUUGUGGCUUAAAACAUCCUACGUCUUCCCAUUUACGCAUUCCGGGAAACUUUGUCUAUAUCAGCUAAGAAAUAUCGUAGUAAUAAAAUAUAACAAAGAAAGUCUUCGGGGUUUACGUUUGGUCAACAUGAUGAACUCCAUGCUUCUGUGCUUUAUUACGUUCUUACUACCUACAUGGACUUCAGCCAGGCUGGAGCAGUGCACGUGCAGUGCUUAUAUGCUGAAAGGAAAGGGUGUUCGUGAAGAAAACUUUGUAACCACUCGUGAUUACGUCCUACCAGGGCAAUCAUGUGAUAAAGCGGGAGACGAGUAUUGCAAAAUAUUUUGUCUUAAAAAGUUCUACAGAAAAACUGGUGGAGGAGAUCUUGAUUUUGUGCCACCUGGAUAUAAAGGCAGGAGCAUCGGGGAAAUAUCCUGCAUCGGGAUUGGCCGAGAUGUGACCAAUGAAAGAAUGGGAGUCUUUAGCAAAGCUUGCAAGAAAGGAGAUUUCUUAGACACAGGUUUCCUCUCAAAGCAAAAUUUAUGUUGUAAAGGCAAAAAGUACAUUAGAUGUUAAUAGAAAUAACUUCGAAAAUGAUAUACAUAUUUGUGCUCCCUUCCAUUCAAUUAGAACUUAUACUGCUAAGUCAUGAUAUAACUUCUUUAACUCCAUGUUAACUUUUAGAUUUUUUACAGCGUGUAUACAAUGUAUAGUAUUUUAGUGAAAUGUUGUGUUCUCAGUGAAUUUUUCCAUUAUUUUCUUCUGUAUGUUGCGUGCUUGAAUAAAAUAGUUUCAUUGUGUUGGUUUAAAA